AUGGCAACAACCCACGAAAAUGAAUCCCUACCUCCCGCCGACCUCUCCACACCCCCCUCCCAAACCUUCCAAACCCCCAGCAAUGCCCCCCGCCUAGGCAUGCCCUUCGACCGACGCCUCCUCCUCACAACCGCCCUCUCCUUCUUCUCAGGCUUCACACUAGGCUCCAUAGACGCGGGGCACAUGGCAUCUCUACGUUUCCGCGCGGAAAACGCGCACCGCCUCCCCAUCUCCCAGCCGGGCUGGUACCUCUACCACAAGUCGAAAAACUACUACAAGUGGCAACAAGGCGUCUUCGAAGGGCUGCGCAAAGGCGGCUACAUAGCCGCCUGGUCAUCCGUCUUCUUCGUCGUGGAAGAGAGUCUCGACGUGUUCCGGGGCACGUGGAGGGCGGGCCGCACCAUGGCGGAGAUGGAGGGUGUGGAUGAGCUGGAUAUUAAACGGAUUGAUCGCGGGGUGGGGAGCAGUCGGGAUUUCUGGAGUAGCGCUAUGGCGGGCAUGGUUACGGGGGGGUUGUGGAGUGCGUGGCAUCAGUUUCCUGUCUCCAUGGCUGCGCGCACGAUUCGGUUGGGGUUGGUGGUUGGGUUGGGGUAUGGGCUGGGGCAGGAUGGGCUGGUGUUGGCCAAGGAGAAAUGGGUGGGGGAGGGGGGACCUGGUGAGAGCUGGAUUUACAAGGGUGCGAGGAAUAGGCAGAUUGCGGAGGAUGUUAGUAGGAGCUUGGAAAGGGAAUGA